CUCUCCUUCAGUCGUCCCCUCCGCGCCAAAGGCCGUCGGAAAUUACCGAGCGCAGUCAUCGACAUCAUCCGCCAGCGAUGGCGAGCCCUGCGACGCUUCCGAUCUCAAGCCAACAAACCACGGCAGGCGGUGGGGCACAGUCUCAGCCCCCAAUCGCCACGCCGGCAUUUCGUGCCUUCAUCUCACGCCUCUCAUCCUCGAUCCGCCACGGAUUUUCCCAGCGGCGCCCCUGGUCUGAGCUAAUUGACCGCACGUCAAUGUCCCGACCAGACUCCCUUUCCGAUGCCUACUCUCGGAUCCGCAAGAAUCUCUCUUAUUUCAAAGUUAACUAUGUAACCCUACUGGCAGUUGUGCUUGCUUUCUCUCUUCUAUCUCACCCUCUUUCUUUACUUGUGCUCUUGGGUCUCCUCGCCGCUUGGGUCUUCCUAUACCUAUUUCGACCGUCCGAUCAACCUGUGGUGUUAUUCGCCCGUACAUUCUCAGAUCGAGAGACCCUAGGGGCGUUGGUGGUCUUGACUGCGUUCGUGGUGUUCCUGACCAGUGUUGGAUCGCUUAUAAUCUCUGCUUUGAUGGUAGGUGUUGCGAUCGUUUGCCUACACGGUGCCUUUAGGAUUCCGGAGGAUCUGUUCUUGGACGAUCAGGAGCCCCCAACUGCCGGAUUCCUGUCCUUCCUCGGUGGUGCCGCCUCCUCUGCUGCCGCUGUCGCCGCCCCUGCAGUGGCCUCCCGUGUCUGAGCAACGGGUACUUGAACCUGCUCGUGUAUACACAUUUUUUCUUUAUACGCUUUUCGUAUUCAUCCUGAUAGUCAAAAGGAUUUUCUAUCUUGGUGGUAGAUCAAAACUCAAAAGAUUCAUUCCUAGGUUUCGUUUUGCUUGUAUUUAGAUUAGUAGUUGGUCUGCAUUUAGAGGAUUAGAUCUUAUUUUCUUGGGUCUGUAAUAUUUGUUACUUCAAUUUUGAUUCUGAUGGGGUUCGGAUUUCUUGUGUUAACUUCGCAUUUGCUUUUAAUCUACAUUGUCUUUUGCUUGUUAUAAGCCUAUUCGUUUAUCUUCACUGUUUGUUUGAUGUUAAGUUUUUCUGCUAUGCUUUGUACUUUGAGACUUGAGUGAGUAAUAAUUCAUGCUCAGAUUUUGUGAAUCAGGGUGUAUAUGAGAUGCCAUGUGCAUCACAGCUUCAUCAGUUUAUUUUGAGGAGGUAUAUCUGCACAUCCAUCCCAUGUCUUAGGACGAAUCUUGCAUGGCGAUGUUAUCGUUUAUGUUUUCAGUUUGAUGGCAUUGGUUCUUUCAAGUUUCAACUUUUAAAUCUACAUGAUUUUGUUUCCUGUUGUACCCUUCUGCAGAUUUAUUCCUCUUGAGAUGUUCUGCCUAUACAUAUGCCUUGGUAGAAGGCCUCUGCUAUGAUACUAAUGUUGGAUUUGUUAGCAGAUGUGGCCAAUUUUAUCCUUGUUGAGUUGCUUGACCUUACUUGCUUUAUCUGGUUUUAGUGUUGCUUAAUGUAGCAAUUUGGAGAUUGCUUUUGCAUAGCUCCUGAAAGUCAAUUUGUAUCAUUAGUUGUCAAAGUGCUAUUUACCAAGUAGGGCAAGGUCCUGUCUGGAUGAUCUUGCCUGAGCCUCUGGCAGAUGGGUUGGGACUAGUGUAUGAUAAAGCAGAAGGAAAGAUAUAUUAAAGUGGAAGGCAAUGCUUUGCUAAUCAAUAGACUUUCAUUUCUUUAACAUUUCAGAUUAGACAGUGCAUUGAAAGAACCUGUCUUGACUUCUCUGCUUUCCAUACAAGUUGGUAUGGAAUCGAUUUCAUUGGAAGUAUAUAUACUUUAUUAUGGAAGACUGCUCUGAGUGGGUAUGUUUUUUUGUAUUAACUUCUUGUUGCCCCUAGAUAAUCAUGUUUAGUAUAAUGCAAAUGAAUCAGAUUCUUCAUG